GGGGUGGUGUCAGCCCCGGCUAAGAAGACCCUCUUUUCUGCAAGGGGCUAGGCAGUCUCCGCGGCGGGGCAGCUGUCUCAGCUUUGCUGGGGCUGCGCCCGGGUCCACACGGCUCUCUUGCCCGGCGAAUCGCCUCCUCGUCCCGUGUGGAUGAGCGCCUGCCUUGUGCAAAAAGCUCCGUGUGCAGCGGGUGGGCUCGCGCGCGGGUCUGCUCUGCACGCUUGCCGCGCCCCGUGCAAAGGUCUGGGGCAGAGAUGGGACUGUUUUGACAUCUGCAGUUGAGACACCUGGAGUGUGAGAGUAGACCAUGAGACUGCAAAGAGAGCACUUGCUGAAUGUCUCCUCCUGCGCAAGAAGUUUGAGUGUUUCCAUCGCAUUGGAGACACGGUGCGUCAUAAUUUGAAGGGCUUCCUUGGACCACAGAAGCUUGCACAGACUCCAGUGAACCACUUCUCGAUAAACAAGGCAGAUCCAUACAUUUUCAGUAAACAUUCACGGAACAGAAAAGAAGCCUUUUUUUGACAAGAGUCGCAUCUUGAUGUGGGCGGCGUUUUGAAGGGGGUUAUAAAAGCCACAUAUUUUGGAAUGACUGGAAACCUGGAGAGGCACAGAGAACAUGCAGGAACCGUGCGUGUUAGCAACUCAGCUUUUUUAGAUGUAUCAUCUGUAUUAGAGGGAAAUGCAAACACUAUAAGCUGCAGCUGUAGCCAUGGCAUUGCAUGACCUUUUAAGCCAUAUGAGAAGUAUUUCUGAGCCUUGGUAUCAAACGUAGCUUUAUUUCUAAAUCGGAUGAUCGGCAAUACACCAUGUGCUAAUCAGGAGAGCAUUUGGAUGGAAAGAUGCCUCUUCGGCUUUGCAAAGAUGCUACUGACCAUUAUGUGAGGGGAUGAAAGGUUUGCGGAUUGCGUUGCCCAGUGACCAAGCUCCAUGCUGCGCACGUGUCGACUUGGAUUUAAGGACCUGCGUUGAGUGCGACUUUUAAAGAUGUGCGGUCGUUUUUGACCUGCCCCAGAGAAGAAAGUCUGUAAAAUGGCUCAGACCAGCUUGCUGCAGGGGAAACAGUUUUAUUGUAGAGAGUGGGUUUUUCACAAGCUUCAGCACUGCCUGCAGGAAAAGACGAGCUGCAGCAACAGCACUGCCAACAAACCAUCCGUUGUGCUGAACUCUGGGACUAAUACUUGCGUCGUCCCUGGCAAGGGAGCUGCCUGGGGUGUGUUGCUGGUAGGAGGGCCGGGUAGUGGCAAAACAGCCCUCUGUACUGAAUUACUGUGGCCGAGCUCACCUGCCAGUCUGCAAAGGGGUUUACAUCACCAAGCCCUGGCUUUCCACUUCUGCAGGGCUCAGGACUCAGACACUCUCUGUGUGGGAGGCUUUAUCAGAGGGUUAGUUGCCCAAAUCUGUCGCAGUGGUCUGAUUCAGGGAUUCGAGGACAAACUCAGAGAUCCUGCUGUUCAAAGUCUCUUGCAGCCUGGGGAGUGCGAGAGAAACCCAGCUGAAGCAUUUAAAAGGUGCAUUUUGCUGCCUCUUCUCGGAGCCAAGCCCCCUCAACAAAGUCUCUUCCUCCUUGUAGAUUCCGUGGAUGAGGGAUGUAACAUUGCAGAAGGCGACCAGACAUCUACGGGCUUAUCUGGAACUAUAGCUGAGCUUCUAGCUAGUCACUAUGAGUUUUUCCCUCCAUGGUUGCUGCUCCUGUGCUCUGCCCGGAAGCAGAGCAAAGCUGUUACAAAAAUGUUUACCGGCUUCCGAAAGAUAAGCCUUGAUGAUCUCCGAAAGGCUUACAUCGUGAAAGAUGUCCAACAGUAUAUUCUUCAUCGCUUAGAUCAAGAAGAAGCACUGAGACAACAUCUCACAAAAGAAACUGCAGAAAUGUUGAAUCAGCUUCACAUUAAAAGCAGUGGAUGUUUUCUGUAUCUCGAGCGUGUCCUAGAUGGAGUAGUGGAAAACUUUAUCAUGUUACGAGAAAUCCGCGAUAUCCCUGGGACACUCAACGGCCUCUAUCUUUGGCUUUGUCAAAGACUUUUUGUGAGAAAACAGUUUGCAAAGGUCCAACCUAUUCUGAAUGUAAUCCUUGCUGCUUGCAGGCCGCUAACUACAGUUGAAUUGUUCCAUGCAGUAUGGACCAAAAACAUGGCAUUAUCUAUGGAGGACUUCCAGCGCAAGCUAGAUGUUCUGUCGAAAGUUCUUGUCGAUGGUCUCGGAAACACAAAGAUCCUUUUUCACUACAGCUUUGCAGAAUGGCUGUUGGAUGUAAAGCACUGUACACAAAAAUAUUUGUGCAACGCAGCAGAAGGGCACAGGAUGCUUGCAAUGAGUUACACCUGUCGAGCCAAGGAUUUAUCGCCUCUGGAGGCUCAAGAAUUUGCUUUGCACCUAAUUGAUUCCAACUUGCAACUGGAAACCUCUGAACUGGCUUUGUGGAUGAUCUGGAAUGGUACGCCUGUCAAGGACUCUUUGUCAACGUUGAUCCCCAAAGAACAAGAAGUUUUACAGUUGCUGGUAAAAGCCGGUGCUCAUGUCAACAGUGAGGACGAUCGGACAUCUUGCAUUGUACGGCAGGCUUUGGAAAGAGAAGAUUCUAUUCGAACCCUAUUGGAUAAUGGUGCUUCGGUAAACCAGUGUGACUCGAAUGGUAGAACACUCUUGGCUAAUGCUGCAUAUAGUGGCAAUCUUGAUGUAGUCAAUCUGCUAGUUUCCAGAGGAGCAGAUUUGGAGAUUGAAGACAUGCAUGGGCAGACCGCACUUACUCUAGCUGCUCGGCAGGGCCACACCAAAGUUGUCAACUGUUUGAUUGGGUGCGGUGCUAACAUAAAUCACACGGACCAUGAUGGGUGGACAGCCCUGCGAUCGGCAGCUUGGGGCGGGCAUACCGAGGUGGUUUCUGCACUCCUCUAUGCUGGAGUAAAAGUAGACUGUGCAGACGCUGACAGUCGGACAGCCUUGAGAGCAGCAGCUUGGGGAGGCCAUGAAGAUAUUGUGCUGAAUCUGUUGCAACAUGGGGCUGAGGUCAACAAAGCGGAUAAUGAAGGUAGAACUGCUUUAAUUGCAGCAGCAUACAUGGGGCAUAAAGAGAUUGUGGAGCAUCUGUUGGACCACGGAGCAGAAGUAAACCAUGAGGAUGUGGAUGGAAGGACUGCCCUCUCUGUUGCUGCUCUUUGUGUACCUGCCAGUAAAGGACAUGCUUCAGUUGUGAGCCUUUUAAUUGAACGGGGCGCCGAGGUGGACCAUUGUGACAAAGAUGGCAUGACCCCACUGCUAGUGGCAGCCUACGAAGGACAUGUAGAUGUUGUUGACUUGCUUCUGGAAGGCGGAGCAGAUGUAGACCAUACGGACAACAAUGGCCGCACUCCUCUUCUUGCUGCAGCUUCCAUGGGCCAUGCAUCAGUUGUAAAUACUCUUUUGUUUUGGGGGGCAGCUGUGGAUAGCAUUGAUAGUGAAGGACGGACGGUUCUUAGUAUAGCCUCUGCACAAGGCAAUGUUGAAGUAGUACGGACUCUGCUGGAUAGAGGGCUGGAUGAGAAUCAUAGGGACGAUGCAGGAUGGACACCUUUGCACAUGGCAGCUUUUGAAGGACACAGGUUGAUAUGUGAAGCACUUAUAGAACAAGGUGCUCGAACAAAUGAAAUUGAUAAUGACGGGCGCAUAGCCUUCAUAUUGGCUGCCCAGGAAGGUCACUAUGAUUGUGUGCAGACCUUGCUGGAAAACAAAUCUAACAUUGAUCACAGGGGCUAUGAUGGGAGAAACGCUCUCCGUGUUGCUGCUUUAGAAGGCCAUAGAGACAUUGUCGAGCUACUCUUCAGUCACGGAGCUGAUGUGAAUUACAAAGAUGCUGAUGGCCGGCCAACGCUUUAUAUCUUGGCUCUAGAAAACCAGCUAACGAUGGCUGAGUAUUUUUUAGAAAAUGGUGCAAAUGUCGAAGCCAGUGAUGCUGAAGGAAGGACGGCACUCCAUGUUUCCUGCUGGCAGGGCCAUGUGGAGAUGGUACAGAUGCUGAUCACGUACCAUGCUGAUGUGAAUGCCGCAGACAAUGAGAAACGCUCAGCUUUGCAGUCUGCCGCGUGGCAGGGCCAUGUCAAAGUAGUUCAGCUUUUGAUAGAGCGUGGGGCCCUAGUGGACCAUACGUGCAAUCAGGGUGCUACUGCACUCUGCAUUGCAGCCCAAGAAGGGCACAUCGAUGUUGUGCAGAUAUUACUGGAGCACGGUGCCGAUCCAAAUCAUGCGGAUCAAUUUGGGCGCACAGCUAUGCGCGUGGCUGCAAAAAAUGGACACACGCAGAUAAUUAAAUUACUGGAAAAAUAUGGUGCUUCUACUCUAAAUGGCUGCACUCCUUCUCCGGUCCAUACAAUGGAACAAAAACCUUUGCAGUCGGCAUCUUCAAAGAUGCAAUCCUUAACCAUAAAAUCCAAUAGUUCGGGAAGCACUGGUGGGGGAGAUACACAGCCUGCUUUGCGUGGCUUGUCUAAUGGGCCAGCUCAUGCCUUUAGUUCUCCUUCUGAAUCUCCCGAUUCGACAGUUGAUCGGCAGAAGUCCUCCUUAUCCAAUAAUUCAUUGAAAAGCUCAAAAAACUCUUCUCUGCGCACAACUUCAUCUACAGCAACUGCCCAGACAGUACCGAUCGACAGCUUCCACAGUAUGUCCUUUACGGAACAAAUACAGCAGCAUUCGUUACCCCGCAGUAGAAGUAGGCAGUCUAUUGUUUCUCCUUCCUCCACAACUCAUUCCUUAAGUCAGAAUCAUAGUUCGCCAAACAGCGAAUUUGAAUGGAGCCAGGUGAAGCCCAGCUUGAAAUCCACAAAAUCCAGCAAAACGGGGAAAACAGAGAAUUCCAACAAAUCCGGGUCUGCUGGGAAAAAGGUGAAACAGAGCACCUCCUCUCAACCAAAAGUCCUUGAAUAUGAAAUGACUCAGUUUGAUAAAAGGAUACCUGUUGCCAAAUGUGGGGCCGGCGUGCCCCUUAAAUCAAUGCCUAGUGACACUCAGUGUAAAAUUUUAGUCCCUCCAGCCCAUCAGGAAGUUUGCCGGUCUCAACAGCAGUUCCUGAUCCACCAACAAAGUGGGGAGCAGAAAAAGAGAAAUGGAAUAAUGACUAAUCCAAACUACCACCUUCAGAGCAAUCAGGUUUUUCUUGGCAGAGUUUCUGUCCCACGAACAGUACAGGACCGAGGGCAUCAGGAGGUUUUGGAAGGCUAUCCUUCUGCAGAGACGGAGCUGAGCCUUAAGCAAGCCUUAAAACUUCAAAUUGAGGGGAAUGACCCAAGCUUCAACUAUAAGAAGGAAACACCAUUGUAAGAGGCAGCUCCAUGACACCAUGAAUAAAAUGAAGAGUUUCUGCCUGGAAUGUUUUGUCACCCGGGCUGGAAUCAAAGCAUGUCUUGCUUGUUGAACCACAUUGAAAAUUACGAAUGUGAUCACUGCAGUACAGUUACCUUGAUUACUGUAAUGUGCCUAAAGAAAAAAAAAAUAAGGCUGCCUUCUUAAAUGUAACCUUCUGUGCUUCAGAAAAAAAAAAUUAUUUUGUGUACUUUGUACUUACUACACAGAAUAAGCACUUUCUUUUCUUCCUCAGUAGCAGAACAAGAUACGUUGUAUUUCCACUCACACAGCUGAAAAGUUGUUAAGAGCUAGAAAUUUGAGUUCUCUGUUCCAGAAGGCUUUAUCAGUGUAAAUGUGCCACAGUGGACUUUGUGACAAACAGCAAUGCUUUCUGUAUUUAUUUUACAUUCAUGUGCAAAAGAAACUCUGCACACAGUCAAACAGACAAGGAAUGUUCAAUGUCACCUCAAAGACUAAGGGAACCCCUCCUCCAUUGACCCAAGCUAGAGUUCCCGUUAAUUAUUUGAACCCACUUCUAGAAGUGUUGUGGCAUACUUUUGAUGUAGGACUUUAGGUGCCAUUAGACUUUUUGUUGUUUUGCUGCAGGGUCCACCAUGAUCAAAAUCCACAUAAAAGACCCCAUCUGUCCUCAGAGAAUACUCUUUGCAUGGAGAAUAGAUAAUGUGAAUUGGCCCAUCCCCAGAUCACAGCCACAGCAGCAGUCGACACCACCUGUGGUAGCUCAGAAAUCACAACUGCAGUCUCAGGCAUCAGUAUCUGAGUCUGUGGAGAAUCUGGUUUAUGCAUUGCAUUCUCUAUCUGCUCAUGGGAGCGUAAAGCAACAGAAGCCACAGCAAACAUGUAACGUGGGGCAGAUUUUGAAGAUGUAAACUGGCUCAAAACACAAGCUACUCUUCUGUACACGUAAAAUCACAUUUGCAUUGCUGUAAUGUACAGUUGGUUUUUUGUGUUGUUCAGAUGUUUCUCAAAAGGAAAGCAACUCUUGUGACAGUAUUGGCUAACUUCAGUACUUACCUUCAGCCUGGGGUGGAGUACGACAGUGCAAUUUAUUGGGUCCUGUCUCUGCUACUUGUUUUAAAGGUGGUUUAUGAAGGAACAGUUCUUCAGCAUCGAGGCCAGUUUUCAUACUACCCACGUGGUAACUAUUUAAAUUUGUUAGCCGCUUUCUCUUGCCCAGGGCAACCCAAAAUGACUUAUCUGGUUUUGCUUAUGAGCAUAUGAAACAGUGGAGUCAGGUCUUAGGUCCCUUAAGUCCAGCACUGUAUGUUCCCAGCCCUGUAACAGAGAUCCUUUAACUCAGGGGUGAGGAGCCUCUGGUCCUUCAGACGUCCCAUUCCCAUCAGUCCCAGUCAGCAUGGCCAAUGGUGUGGUAGUCCCAAGAACAUAGGGAAGCCCAGUUUCCCCAUCCCUGCGUUAUCUAAAAGUGCAAGGGAUUUGAUAUGGACCCUUCUACAUGUAAAACAGGAGUGGAGAACCGUUAGUGUCUGGCAGGCCAGAUCUUUUAUCUCCCUCACUCCAUCAGGCCUAUCUUGGUCAGGAAUGAUGGGAGCUGCAGUCUUAAUAUCUGGAGAGCCAAAGGUUCCCCAUUCUUGACCUAAGUACGGAGGUAAAAAUGUUGCUUGGCAAGAGUGUCAAAUCAUUACUCCCAACUUGCUCUGAACUUAAGUACUGGAUAUUUUCAACACUGCACAAGAAUAUAGCUCUUCUUUCAUGCUAGAUGUAUUGAUCUGUAGAAAGACAUCCCUAAAGGCUGCCUUUCUCUCUGGAUCUCGGCUGUCGCUGAGAUUAUAUUUAUUUGUUUAUUUGUGUGUUUUUAAAUUACAGUAUGUACCUUGUGACUAGAUGGUGAUGUUUCUGGCCAUUUUCACAAGAAGGCUACGCAUUGCAGAAGUCUUCACGAUUUUCAGCAGACUAUAAUCUUAAUGUCUCUAAAAGAGCUGGUGGUGGUAACAUGCCCAAACGCAGACACCAGCUAUAGGAAGGUCAGCUGAAAAGUGCUACCUUUCAGAUAAUUAAAAAAAAAAGUUCCUGCACAUUUUCAGAAAUGCUUAGGAAUGCAGCAUGUGUUUCUCUGUUUAAAAAUAUCCAUUUGACAAGAGUGUGAGAUUGUUCCGCAUUGCUUUAAUGUAUGAUUUUUUAAAAAUAUAUUGGCUUUUCUGGCCCCUCUCUCAAAAAAAGGUAAAAUUAAUCACCCUGAAUUAUUGGCAGGUCUGUCUUCUUUGCAAUUGUGAAUUGAUGUGUGUGGCUCAGUUCUGCUAAGCCAUGACUUGGCAGGUCUGAUCAGCUAUAAUGCAGCAGAAUUCAAGACUUCUUACUUUUUUUUCUCGUUUCACAAAUCUCUGUAUCUAUGGUUCUGCUUUCACCUUUCUUUUCCCUAUAUUAUCCAAAAUCAUCCCUAGAGGAAACUAAAGAAAGUGUCACAAUUCAUAAUUGGAGACUAGGGAAAAGACUGAUGAGCAUUAAUAUCUGUACCAUAUGUGUGCCAGGGAAGUCACCUGAAAAGGGAAUUGAAUGGCAAAUUUACCUGUCGAAACCUUAGCAUCUUACACUAUAGUGAUACCCUUGUCAUGAUCAGUAUUGGGAAAUGGCUUUGUUUUUACUUAAAGCAUCAUUUUCUCUUGUCACCUAUGCUGCUAUGCAAAUGUCUGUUUAUGCUCGUUAUCCUCCAUUGAAACUCUUCAAAUAACAUGGUGCACAGUUAAGACUUUUUUCUGGAUUGGAUUGUAAAUAGCCUAUAAUGUACAUUGAAUUUCACAUUGUAAAAUUUUUAUUUUAUUUCUUGUAUUAUAUUAAGCAAAAAUCCUUAUGUAUAUGAAAGUGCAUAAUAAAUAUAUUUGCUUUUCAA